CGGGGAGGUGGAGAGCUCGCUCCCCUGGCUCCGGUGCAGUUCCGGGGGCCAACUCGCUGCUGGGGCGGCUGUCCGUCGCGAAGCUGACGUCAUCGCUGUGCGCUGCCACGUCUGCUCAGCUCCGCGGUAAUGGAGGCUGAGGAUGGUUGCUGACGGGGCCGGGCUCUACUUCUAGCUUUAGCUCUGGCUCUGACUCUGGCAUUGACUCGGAGUCUGGGUCUGGCAGCCCGAAGCCUGGACACCCUUCUUCGACUCUCCUGGAGCGGACGGUCUGCAAACAAGCAGCUGGUUUGGAGUUCCUCAACGUGGGCAGGGUGUUCUCUUGCUUGGGGUCUAGCCUGCAAAGCAGCCGCCUCUUCCCAGGGAUCCCGCCCCACUGGCCGGGCCUUCUCCAUGCUGUUGAAACAGGCUGACAACCAUUAACCUGGGUUGCAACUACAGGUGGCACUGGAAGCAGACUGGUUCCCGGACAUGCCCGGUGGAAGGAGGGGCCCUAGUCGGCAGCAGCUAAGCCGUUCAGCUUUACCUUCUUUACAGACUUUGGUUGGUGGGGGCUGUGGCAAUGGAACAGGCCUAAGAAACAGGAAUGGUAGUGCUAUUGGCCUUCCGGUUCCACCUAUCACAGCCUUAAUCACACCAGGUCCUGUUCGUCAUUGCCAAAUUCCUGAUUUGCCUGUGGAUGGGAGCCUGCUCUUUGAAUUUCUCUUUUUCAUCUACCUGCUGGUUGCUCUGUUCAUUCAGUACAUCAACAUCUAUAAAACAGUGUGGUGGUAUCCUUAUAAUCAUCCUGCCUCUUGUACUUCAUUGAAUUUUCAUCUCAUUGAUUACCACUUGGCAGCAUUCAUCACAGUGAUGCUUGCAAGGAGGCUUGUAUGGGCCCUCAUCUCAGAGGCCACUAAGGCGGGUGCAGCAUCAAUGAUUCACUACAUGGUUCUGAUAUCAGCUCGCUUGGUGCUACUUACUUUGUGUGGAUGGGUACUUUGUUGGACCCUCGUCAAUCUCUUUCGAAGCCAUUCAGUCCUCAAUCUCCUUUUCCUUGGCUACCCGUUUGGUGUUUAUGUUCCUCUCUGCUGUUUCCACCAAGAUAGUAGAGCUCAUCUUCUUCUAACAGACUAUAACUAUGUGGUUCAGCACCAGGCGGUAGAGGAAAGUGCCUCGACUGUGGGUGGCUUGGCCAAAUCCAAAGACUUCCUCUCCUUACUGCUGGAGUCUCUUAAAGAACAGUUUAAUAAUGCCACACCCAUCCCCACCCACAGCUGCCCCCUGUCUCCAGACCUCAUUCGAAAUGAAGUAGAAUGUCUGAAAGCAGAUUUCAACCAUAGAAUCAAGGAAGUUCUCUUCAACUCCCUCUUCAGUGCCUACUAUGUUGCAUUUCUCCCCCUGUGUUUUGUCAAGAGUACCCAGUACUAUGACAUGCGAUGGUCAUGUGAGCAUCUCAUUAUGGUGUGGAUCAAUGCCUUUGUCAUGCUCACCACACAACUGCUGCCAUCCAAAUACUGUGAUUUGCUACAUAAAUCAGCUGCUCAUCUGGGCAAGUGGCAGAAGCUUGAACAUGGGUCCUACAGCAACGCUCCACAGCAUAUUUGGUCAGAAAAUACAAUAUGGCCUCAAGGGGUGCUGGUGCGACACAGCAGAUGCUUAUAUAGAGCCAUGGGGCCUUACAACGUGGCGGUGCCUUCAGACGUAUCCCAUGCUCGCUUUUAUUUCCUGUUUCAUCGUCCAUUAAGGCUGUUAAAUCUGCUUAUCCUUAUUGAAGGCAGUGUUGUCUUCUACCAACUCUAUUCCUUGCUGCGGUCGGAGAAGUGGAACCACACACUUUCCAUGGCUCUCAUCCUCUUUUGCAACUACUAUGUUUUAUUUAAGCUCCUCCGGGACAGAAUAGUAUUAGGCAGGGCAUACUCCUAUCCACUCAACAGUUACGAACUCAAGGCAAACUAAGCUGCCUCUCAACAAUGAGGGAGAACUCAGAUAAAAAUAUUUUCAUAUGUUCUAUUUUUUCUUGCGAUUUUUAUAAAUAUUUAAGAUAUUUUAUAUUUUGUAUACUAUUAUGUUUUGAAAGGUGGGAAGGGCAAGGGAUAUUAAAUGUAUCCAUAAACAAGGUGAUGUGAUCUUUCAUGUGUUAGUAUAUUUGAAUGAUACACAGAGGAGAGGAGUGCCUCUCCAGUAAAGAGAUUGAUUUGUUUGUAUGGCUCUGGAAUAACUCAUUCAUUUAUGAACAUAUCUCAUAUAUCACUUGUCAGAG